ACAUGGACGGUGAGUGGAAGUGUGUUGCAGUGGCGCUGCUCUGUACUGUAAGUGUUAGUGUUUUCCUGCUGAAAUGGAGAGAACAAAAGAAGGUUAACAGAAAACUACAGAGAGCCAGAGAUAAGAGAGAAAAGGAGAUCAGACAGGCAGAGAAUGCUAUCAGGAGCUUUAAGGCUCAGAACCCUGCUGCUGAUCUGAGCUCCAUCAUGACUCUCCCGCUGCCUGAGCUGAGGCAGAGGAUCAAAGGAGGAUCUCUACAACCCAAUGCUGUUCUCUAUGCCUACAUGGAGAAGGCUCUGGAGGUGAACAAGAAACUGAACUGUAUAACUGCAGUCCUCACAGAGAGUUUUAAACAUCUGGAUGACAUUGAGUCCCACAAAGACGGCCUUCUUUACGGCAUCCCCAUCAGCAUCAAGGACAAUCUGGAUUAUAAGGGUUAUGACUCCACCUGCGGUUUAUUGACUAAGCUGGAUGAUCCUGCCAGUAAGGACUGUGUAGUGGUCUCAGUACUGAAGAAGCAAGGUGCAAUCCCCUUCGUCAAAACCAACAUUCCACAGAGUCUCAUUAGCUAUGACUGCAGUAACCCAAUAUAUGGAAGAACAUUGAACCCGUGCAACCUCAAGAAGAUACCCGGUGGCUCUUCAGGAGGUGAAGGUGCUCUGAUUGCUUCAGGAGGAUCUAUUCUGGGUCUGGGAACCGAUCUCGGAGGAAGUGUCCGUGUCCCAGCGGCCUUCUGUGGCAUCUGUGGCUUAAAACCCACAAGGAACAGGAUAAGCAUGCUUGGACUGACCUCGAGUACAAAAGGUAUAAAGACAGUCCACUCGACCAUUGGUCCCAUGGCCCGUGAUGUAGAGAGUCUGGCUCUGUGUAUGAGAGCUUUACUCUGCACAGAUAUGUUUACUCUGGAUGCUACAGUUCCUCCAAUACCCUUCAACCAAGAGGUGUACGAGAGCUCGAAGCCCUUGAGGAUCGGAUACUAUGAAAACAAUGGGUACUCUCAGCCAUCUCCAAGUAUGAGCAGAGCUCUACGCGAGACCAAAGAGCUCCUGGAGAAAGCGGGACACACGCUAAUUCCCUUCACCCAUCCUCGAAUAAGCACUGUCUACAAUGAGUUAUGUAUGAAGGGGGUUAACGCGGAUGGCGGCGUCACUGUUUUAAAACACUUUAAGGAAGGCCCGGUCGAUCCAUGUCUACAGAAACAGGUCACACAAUGGAGACGUCCAAAGUUCAUAAAGAAGAUGAUGUCUCUGCUCUGUAGAUUUACUUAUCCACACAUGGCUGCAUCAAUACAAGCCAACUGUGGAGUCAACUCUCCUGCAGAUAUGUGGAAGCAGCAAUCCGAGGCUGAGGAUUAUACCAAGGAGACGAUCGACGAGUGGAGGAAGUUGGAGCUGGAUGUUCUGCUCUGCCCUAUGCUGGGGCCAGCCUACAACUUCAACUGCACUUCAAAUCUCUUAUGUGCUCCAAGUUACAUAAUUCUGUACAAUUUGCUCAACUUCCCUGUUGGAGUCGUUCCUGUCACUAAGGUUACAGCUGUGGAUGAAGAUUUGCUGAAAGAUCAUAAAGAAUCAUCUGGAGACAUCUGGCCAGAGACAAUUCAAGGAGGCGUGGGUCUUCCAGUAGCAGUGCAGUGUGUGGCUCUGCCCUGGCAGGAAGAGAUGUGUUUACGCUUUAUGCGAGAAGUGGAAGAGCUCUGGGCCAAGCACAAACGUUCCAACACACAUCACUAAACACACAAACACAUCAGCACACAAUCUACAGUACAUACAGAGUACAUUUUGAAAUUUUUAACAUUUUAGGGUGGAUUUUGUUAUAUUGAUUUGGACAAUAUGAAAGUACCAAUCAGAAUCAAAACAGAUUUAUGAAUUCAAUCGAGGUGUGGUGUAAUAAUGCAUGUCCAAACACUCUUUUAAUGAGCCUACUUUAAGCAAUUCAGAUAUAGAAACCUUUGAAUAGGAUCUUGAAUAGGACUUGAAGGAUCAAGUGUAAUAAUGUAGCUGAAGAUAUACUUUUGAUUCAACAAUUUAACAAAGUACUAGUUUAUUGUUCUAUACUGUUUAACUUGAUGGAGAUGAUUAGUAAAGACAAAUGAUAAUUCAUAAAUAUUCAUAAAUAGUAAUUAUCUAUUUUGUUAUCAUAUCAUAUUUUAUCUUUUAAUCACAAAGUUUACCCUGUUAUACCUUUGAUGAUAAUGUAAGGAGGCUUUACCACAUUCCCAAACCUUUUACUUGAGCUUCCUGAAUCCUGAAUGGAAACCCUUGAUGGGUCUUGGUCACUGUAAUCUCUAAAGUCACAUGCUUUAAAUCACAUAAGGAGUGGCUACGAAAUGUUAAGAUGUACAGUAUUAGUCAAAGGUUUGGUUACACCUUAUUAUACCAUGUUUUUUGUUUAGUGAUUUUUUAUUUUUUAUUCUAGAGCAAAACUGGGGCAGCACGGUGGCGUAGUGGUUAGCACUGUCGCCUUACAUCAUAAGGUUCUGGGUUCAAUUCCCAGCAUGUGUCUAUGUGCAUGGAGUUUGCAUGUUCUCCCCAUGCUUGGUGGGUUUCCUCUGGGUGCUCUGGUUUGCUACCACAGUCCAAAGAUUAGGUUAAUUGUUGUUCCCAAAGUGUAUGAUAGUCUAUGGCUAGUAUGCCAGUAAAAAACAAGGAAUAUUUUGAACUCUACAAUUCAUUAUGGGGACGCAAACAUUUUAUUUGAGACACUAAAAGCCACCUCAGAAUAACUUUUUUUUUUUUUGGUCAGCUUUGGGGAAGUAAAACAUAGUUUUACUUCCCCAAAGCUUUUGAUUUAUCCCACACUGUGACGUGAUUUAUUUAUAUAGCGCUUUUAACAAUGGUCAUUGUCUCAAAGCAGCACGAUAUGAUGUAUUGAUAUAUAUAUUUUUAAAGAAAGUUCAUACUGGUUUGGGAUCAAGUUUGGGAGUGUGGGAAAGGUGGUUUUGAGCACUUAAACUGGUAGCAGGGGAGGCCUGUCACUGCAGUGUGGAGCGAGCCAUGAGUGUGCAAGUGCUCGUGAGGAUUACAGCUGCAUGGUAGAAAUAGAAACUAGUUCGGGUUUCUAUGAAUGAACAUCAAACUUACAGAUCUUCAUUUUCACCAGGUCCUUUUAAAACUGAUUUUAACAAGCAGUCCAAUUAAUGUACUGUAGAUGUCUGGCAUUAAUUGAUGAUGAAAACCAUGAAAGUGGCCAGAGCUAAUGCUGACAAUAAUAUGUAAGCUACUUGACUUUACUAUUAGGUAUAACAAAUUACAUUUAUUGAUAUCUUUAUAAAGCAGAAAACAUGCAUUAACCUACAUCAAAAAUCUUGAAGCUUGCUUGAAGGUUUUUUUUUUCUUUUUUUUCUGUUAGUCCUCAAUCAUGACACACACUGAUCAACCCUCACCUGACAACAUGCGACAUAAUAAAGAGACCUGUGGUUAUAAAAGGAUGCUUCUGUCAAAUAUAUUUUUAAUCUUCAAUUAAGGAAUAUAACCUGGUUGUGUAUAAUGAAAUGUAUACACAUGCAUUCUAAACUGAAGCGCAAUAAUAAAGCUUUUAAAAUCUAAAAAUAUUUAUGACCUUUUCUCCUUAGUGAAGUUGGGAAAAUUGGAAUGUAACAUGAUACAAGCCCAUCAGAUUGAAUUUCCCAUGAACAAUUUUAUUUAACUGGCCAGAAGAACUCUCUCAUGGAAAAAUUACACCAUUGUUGGAAAAAAAAACUUUUUUGUACAUAGUUUUAUGUACCUUUUGGUAAUAAUCAAAUCUGUAGAUUAUGAAUUAUAUUCAACAAACCAGGGGUGCGUUUCCUAAAAGCAUCGUUAGCCAACUAUCGUAGCAAGUUCCGUCGUUACCAACAUAGUUCAACAAUUCGGUGUUUCUCGAAACCAUAAUUCAAACGAACAUUCGCAAACAGCGCAACAGCACAAACGUACGUGGUUGGAACUACAACCUUCGACCAUUGGUUAGAAGCCUAGUUCUACUUUGAGCGAUUUGGAAAACUUAAUGUUUUGGUGCUUAGAUAUUAGGUUAUUCAUUUUUCGGUUAUUUUGAUUACAAAUUCACUUUGAAACGAUAGAACAGCAGUACCAUCACAAUUAUUCUCCCUUCGAAGUGCCCUACGAAAGCAUUAUUUAUGCCGGUUGGAACACAGCAUUGGUUUUGUUUGUGCGAAGAAAAGAUGAGUUUUCAAUUGAGUAUCUUUGGUAAAACAUACCCAAAGAGAAAUUUCUCAUAAUAUUAGUAGUAGUAUGUUAGAGGUUUUCACUUAUAAUGAAUGUUAUCCGUACUGUUCACGUAUUCAACAUAUACAGUGCACAAAGUGUUAAGCACCAGGAAAAUGUAAAAUUUAUACACUACCAUAGUGUAAGCCAAUAU